AUGAGACAUGAGCGGACAGAGGAUAAACAACUGACUGGGCCGCAUGAACUGUGGUGUCAUAAUCGUCCAACAUUUUGGGAUGAUGGCGGACUCAGUCGCCGCGACGAAGAGGAGCAGCCUGAUCCAGCAGGGGAGCCUCAGGGACAGCGCGCUGAGCUGGUGACAAAGGGGACGACGCUGGGCCAGGAGAAGCCGGGCCGGAUGGACCGGUGGGCUGUGCUGGGGAUGAAAAGGAGGACGUUGGGCCAGGAGAGGCUUGGUCGGAUGGGCCUGCGGACGAGCUGGCAGACAGUCUUGCUGACGGACCUGCUGACGGGCUGGAGACGGGCCCAGGUUCUGGAACAUGGGGAGCGAGCUCGGACUCAACUGAAGUGGAGCCUAAGCCUCGAGAAGAACUGGGAUCCAAAGGUGGAUCCACAAGGGGUGUUGACGAAAAUAACACUGGGUCAGGGAACUCAAAAUUUUCUAGGGGAACCCAAUGAAGACUUUGCUGAUCAGGGGAUCUAA